UUUCUGCGCGUGCGCACUGCAAGGGGGCAAAAGGGAUAUUUUGAUGUUGAGCCGCGCAGGGCGUCUGGGGUCGCGUCCUUUGGGGUUUCGUGGUUCAAGCCAAGCGGGGAAAUCGUCUCGUGCCAUGGAUCUGACGCACCUUCGGAAAGACUACAGGGGGGACGAAGAGGCCUUUGAGGAGAAACAUCUGACCUCCCUUAACCCUAUUAAGCAGUUCUCUGUAUGGUUUGAAGAAGCUAUGAAGUGCCCAUCUAUCGGGGAAGUCAACGCCAUGUGCUUGGCCACCUGUACUAGAGAUGGACGACCUUCUGCUCGGAUGCUGCUUUUGAAAGGGUUUAGCCAAGAAGGCUUUCGCUUCUUCACUAACCAUGAGAGCCGGAAAGGAAGAGAGCUGGAUUCAAACCCAUUUGCUUCGAUGGUCUUCUACUGGGAGCCCCUCAAUCGCCAGGUACGGAUUGAGGGCCCUGUAGAGAAGCUUUCUGAGCAGGAGUCGGAGAAGUACUUCUAUACACGUCCAAAGAGCAGCCAGAUCGGGGCUGUAGUGAGUCAUCAGAGCACAGUGAUUGCGGACAGAGAGUAUUUAAGGAAGAAAAAUUCAGAGCUGGAAGAGGUAUACCGAGAGGCUAAGGUGCCUAAGCCAGCAUAUUGGGGAGGCUACAUCUUGAAGCCAAAAGUCAUAGAGUUCUGGCAGGGCCAGACAAACCGUUUGCAUGACCGCAUUGUUUUCCGGUACCUCCAAGACAGCAGUGCACCCUUGAAACCUAUGACCCACAGAGGAGAGGCCAACUGGAUCUACGAGAGGCUGUCUCCUUGAGAAGCUUGUAGAGUUCACCCUCUCUCUUUUUUAAGUGCCAAAUUACUUGUUCCCCCACUUGCCUCUCAGACAUAGCACCCAAAGAACCGCUGGACAAAGUCAUAGACUGGGGAGACCUGGAAUUGAAAACCUUGCAGUGCUGUUCAAGCAGCUGCUAACUCUCAGCCUAGCCUACCUUACAAGGUACUGGUGAGGAUAAAGUGGUGGUAAUCUCUGUGUAAACCAUUGGAAGAAAGGCAGGUUGAAGCAGCCUAAACAUUAUUGCAGAGAAGGGCAGUGCAAACUUGUAGCAUGGGCUUCUUCCUACACACAAAGCACAAUCCCAACCAUUCUGUUUUAAUUUUGAAAUUGUUCUUUUUUAUUUUUGGGCCCACUAGCAGCACUGGCUCCUACAAUCCCUGAGAUUAGUGUCCUUGAUUAUUUUGUGUGUUUGUCCAUUCCACCAGCAAUCUUGCUCUUGCAUAUGCACUAAGCAUUCUAGGACUGGUCAUUCUUGAGAGUAUGUCACAUUAAGGAAGCACAAAUCUCUGUCUCUCAAACUGCAUGUUCUACUUGAACUGUGCAAGCAUUCAUUCAGGUCUAGAGAAGGACCUGAGCCAGCAAGUCACUGUUUCAGGAUGUUGCUUAUUUGACUAGCAAUCUCAUGAGAUCUGGACAACAGAUGCAUAAGAAGCAGGGAAAUAAGUUGGCAUACAUAUAUCCUCAAGCACGGUCUGCACUUUAUUUAGCCUCAGUAAUUUUCCUUGUAAUUGGGUUGCAACCUGGGCAAGGACCUUAUGGAUCUCUGAGCCCUGUUAAAAGGUACCUGCCUAAUAAUAAUAAUAAAUAAUAAUAAUAAUUUUAUUAUUUAUAUCCCGCCCAUCUGGCUGGGUUGCUCCAGCCACUCAGGGCAACUUCCAACACAUAUAAAAACAUAAUAAAACAUCGAACAGUAAAAACUUCCCAAUACAGGGCUGCCUUCAGAUGUCUUCUAAAAAUUAAUCUCCUUUUCCCCAUCUCAUAUAUUUAGGCCCUGGAGGUAACAAUAUUUAUGUUCAGGGUGUGACUGCGCUACAGAUUUUUAAACUAUUCACCCAUUCAGCUAACAUUUCUCCCAAAGCAUAAAACCUUGGGGAUUUUCAGUACCCCAAAGCUAUACUUUCCAGAGUUUUGAGGUGCUGGUGGGAGAUCAUCAUUAUUAUUAUUAAUUACCUGCCCUUCAGACUAAGGUCGCAGGGCAAGUUACAACAUUAGAACAUGAUAUUAAAAGCAGUUUAAAACAACUUCUUGACUUUUUCAGAUGGUCUUAAUGCUGUGGCAAGCAUAUACAGUGGUGCCUCGACUUACGAAUUUAAUCCGUUCCGAAGGCACCUUUCGUAUGUUGAAAAAUUCAUAAGUCGAAAAGCGCCAUUGGAAACGCGAUUUCCCAUAGGAAUGCAUCAGAAAUGGAAAAAUUUGUAAGUCGAAGCAACCCCAUCUAAAAAUUCGUAAGUCAAAAAAAACCUAUCUAACCACCGCGGUUUCCGUUCAGAUGUCGAGAAAUUCAUAAGCAUGCGGCCAUUUGCCCCAUUUGUAAGUCAAAAAAUUUGGUUGUUGAGUCGUUCAUAAGUCGAGGUAGCACUGUAUAUAUAUGUGUGGUUCCGCAUUAGAAUGGAGCAGAUAGGCUUAGUUCAGUUUCUGUAAACUCACUAUAUCAGGCAUGAUUAGAAGAGGCUUGUGCUCUGUGUUGAAGAGGACCCAGAUUCUGAAACCAACAAAAAAGAACAUUGGGAGGUCUGUUAAAUGGGCAACCAAGGUGGAGUUGGAAGAGACCUCCCAGGUCAUUCAGUCCAGGUCAUUCAUUCAGUGCAGAAAAUGCAGUUAAACAACAUUGGCACACACAUGUAGAUUCUGGUGCAAGGACUGGGAGUGGUGGAAGGGGGAUAGACCAGCACUUAUUAGGUGCUUGUAAAAUUACAACGAAGGGUGUGCAAGGGCUAUACGUUCAGGAGCUUAAAGGGGUGGGGCUGUGUUAGCACAUAUACUUUGCAUGCAGAUUCUAGAUUCAGUCCGGCUGAAAUUGCAGAGAGCUGCUGUCAGUCAAUGUGGACAGUACUGAGCAAGAUAGGCUAAUGAUCUAACUUUGUAUAAGGCAGUUUCCUAUGUCCCCAUGAACUAGAAAGGCUUAAUGGGGGGGAAGACAGGUAGAUGUUCCGUCUUCCCUUUUUGCUUCUGAUUUCACCACCCUCACCCAUUUUCCGACCUUCCAUCUAUAAAAGAUAGGAACUCUUUAAAACAAAAAAGGCCUGAGAUACUUGGGAUGUGGAAAGCUGGCCUGGAUAUCCGAUUCCAUCCUUACCUGGCACAGUAUCUGGGACAAUCAAAGAGUUUGGAUCCAAAGUUGAUCUUCCGUUUAUUUAAAGAGGGAGGUGAUUCCCACCAAGCUUUUGCAACUGCAGCCCUUCCACGUCACUUGCCAGGCCUCCCUAAUCCAUAGCAGAUGGGUGUAUGGUGGGAAAGAGGCAGGGAAUCCCUGUUUCAGUAACAUUAAUUUUGAGGAACUCCUGUUCCUGCCUUGAGAUGUUAUCUCCCAGUGUGACAACUUACAUGCGCUUUGUGGUUCUUCCGUAGACAAAACUGGAAGUGCAACAGUAAAUACAUUAGUCACUGGUCCUAAUGGGUCAGAGAUGUGCUUUGUUGUGUGUGUGUGUCUUGUGUGUGUGGUGCUCUGUUAAUGUUCUUUGUAAAGGUAUUAAAAGUACUGGAUAGUAUCCUGAUAAUUCCUGUUGUUGCUCUGUCUGGGCAGUCAGUUGUCUUAAGUGCUGCUGUGUAACAACUUUUGAGUCUGUGCCUAUGUACAUUUGGACAGUAAAAGUUCAGCCUAGUGAAUGAUAGUUGAAGGUGAAUGUGGAUUAAUAUUAACUUCUGUCCUGAUUCCCCACCCCCCA